UCAUGUUGGUCAUAGUAAAUCCGCCUAUCAUUUUCUUUUUUUUUUUGCCUUUUCUCCAAUCUCUUCUGUCGGAUUCACGUCGCCAUUAUUGACAAUUGUCUAUAAUACCCUAAUUCACUGAAAUAAUCGCAUAAAAGGCGAAACAUGGAUGAUGAAUGGGAUGAUGGUGCAGAGGUGAUUGUGGCCCCAGCGCCAGUCACUUCACAUAUGAACAGCUACAGUGACAAUAAUGUGGAUGAGGGCCACAGCUUGUCCCGUGGCCGAGGAUUCACAUCCUUCAAUGAUGAUAAUGAGUAUGAUAAGUCCGAUAGCAACGGGUUUGGAGAACGGCGUGGGCGCGGGGCGCGCGGCGGCGGCAGAGGACGCGGCGGGAGGGGAGGGCGCGGAGGAGGUGGCCGAGACCGAGGCGACUACGAUGCGAAUGGGGAUGACAACGACGAUAACAGAGGUGACCGCGUUCGAGGUCGGGGAGGUCGCGGAGGGCGGGGCGGUCGGGGAGGGUUGUCGGAGCGCGGGGAGGGCGGCGGAGGGGGAGGGGGCGGAGACGAGCCCGAACUCAACGAGAACGGCGAGCCUAAGAAGCCACCCGUCACAUACGUCCCUCCGGAACCUACUCAAGAUGAAACGGAAAUAUUUAGUAGUACUAUCAGUUCUGGAAUCAACUUCGAUAAGUUCGACUGCAUUGCUGUGAAGGUAAGCGGUGAGAAUCCCCCUCGCGCCAUCGACAGUUUUGAGACAGCGGACCUGCGGAAAUACGUACUGGACAACAUAUUGAAGUCUGGCUACAAGAAACCCACGCCCAUCCAGAAACAUGCCAUUCCAAUCAUCAUGUCUGGACGAGAUCUCAUGGGUUGCGCGCAAACUGGAUCAGGGAAAACUGCUGCAUUUUUGCUACCAAUAAUAAAUACGCUGUUACAAGAUCAGAGAGAACUAAUAGUCGGUUCAAACGGAUGUGCUCAGCCUCAGGUUAUAAUAGUGUCGCCUACUCGAGAAUUGACACUGCAAAUAUUCAAUGAAGCAAGGAAGUUCUCGUACGGCUCUAUUUUGAAGAUCGCAGUGGCUUACGGUGGCACUGCGGUGCGGCAUCAGGGUGAUAGUAUUGCUAGGGGCUGCCACAUCCUAGUGGCGACGCCGGGGCGCCUGCACGACUUCGUGGACCGCAGCCGCGUGUCGUUCGACAGCGUGCGCUUCGUGGUGCUGGACGAGGCUGACCGCAUGCUGGACAUGGGCUUCAUGCCCAGCGUCGAGAAAAUGAUGGACCAUCCUACCAUGGUGCCCAGUGAUAAGAGACAAACGUUAAUGUUCUCUGCGACAUUCCCCGAGGACAUCCAGCACCUGGCGGGGCGCUUCCUCCACAACUACCUGUUCGUGGCCGUCGGCAUCGUGGGCGGCGCCAGCUCCGACGUCGACCAGGAGUUUCACCAGGUCACCAAGUACGAGAAGCAGAAUAAAUUGAAGACCCUCAUUGAUGAGAACAACGGCAAGCGGAUCCUGGUGUUCGUGGAGACGAAGCGCAACGCGGACUUCAUCGCGGCGAUGCUGUCGGAGCAGCAGCUGCUGACGUCGUCCAUCCACGGCGACCGCAUGCAGCGCGAGCGCGAGGAGGCGCUGCACAACUUCAAGAGCGGCCGCCACUGCAUCCUCGUCGCCACCGCCGUCGCCGCCAGGGGGCUCGAUAUAAAAAAUGUCGACAUUGUAGUAAACUAUGACUUGCCAAAAAGCAUAGAUGAAUAUGUGCAUCGAAUCGGCAGAACCGGUCGGGUUGGCAAUCGCGGAAAAGCAGUGUCAUUCUUUGACCCAGACCAGGAUAUGGGACUAACGGCUGAUUUAGCUAAGAUUUUACGGCAGGCGAACCAAGAGGUUCCCGACUUCUUAGAAGGCGGCGGCACUGCUACGUAUAAGGGCAACAAAUAUGGCGGCAGCGAUAUUAGGAACUUCAACAAUGCUUCAGCGCCCGCAGAUCAAGCCGACGAGCCCGAAGAGUUAUGGUAAACGUCGGAAAAACAUUUGUAAAGUCAACUGGUGCGUGUAUCAAUCAAUGGUGCUUAUGCUGCAAUCAUUUCAAGUGAUUUAGCGUGAAUGAAACGUAUAAAUGUGCAUUAAAUGUUUCGAUAUAUUUGACUAUGACAUGGGAUAACCCCACACUACAAGACUGUUAUUAAUUGACAAGUAUUUUAGAAUUAACUUGAUGUACCUUAUUCACAGUCCUCCAUUGUUACUGGUUCUAGUCUUUGAUAUUCUAGUUAUUGAUACCAAAUAUUUACAAAGUUCAAAGAACUCAUCGUAUUAUAACUCAUACACGCAUUGUUGAAUGUUUUUAGUCUGUUGGAGAAUCAGUAUCUCUGGAGCCAUGUCUGACUGGUGAGAGAAAUAACUUACUAACAUUAGACAUUAUUUUUAAGUUCAAAACCUAUUUUACCAUAUGCCAUUUCGUCAUGCAUAAGUUCCUUUGAUUUUUGUUAUGUGCAUUCAUUGUUGUACUUACAACUUUAGGAUUAGUCCACAUAAUACUUUUGUUAUUUGUUUAAGAAUUUUAAUAGAUAAGUGAUUUUUCUUUUUCGCGUUAAUUCUAUUGUUUUUUUUUCUAAAUCUAGUGUUUGAAGAUAAAGGAUUUUGACCAAGUCUACCUUCGAAAUUAAAAAAUAAAUCUGUGAUGUUUAAUGUUAAAGUUGCUCAGUAAAAUUUUAAAUAGUUUAAUAGAUAUAAUAUAUUGUAGUUAGACACAUAAGUAAAACGUCGUCUCAACUACAUACAUUAAUCGCGUUUCAUGUUACAUUUGAUUUUCUUUUCAAAAUAUUUGUUUCACUGAGCUUCUUUGAAUCUCAUUUGUUUUUAACAUUACUUUUGUUGCAUUUCCAUUUAGACAUCAUAACAGGGCUGUGUAGCCUGUCAACAUUUACAAUUUACUAUAUUUAUAUUAUACUGUGAUGAUUAUUAUAAGUUCGUCGUAAACGUUUCGUUUACAUUUGCCAUAGACAUCGUUUAGUUCAAAUAGACAUUAGUUGUCGUAAUAUACAAAGUAACAAAUUCAGGUAGCUGACGUCUCAUUUGCAAAGUUAAUUUCUCUGUAUUAAAACCACUUGCUCAAACUGCCUUUUUUAUUUUUGUCAUAAAUAAAAACAAUAUUCUCGCCUGAAUUUAGCUUAAAGUACAUAUAAAUAUAUGUGUAUAGCUGGUGUUAUAUAGAUUAAAAGACAUACAUUAUGCAAUUUCACAUACUUAUGUUUGUUGGAACAUUGUGCUGGCAUUAUGUUCCCUUAUUCAGUAUUGUUGUCUUAUUGUGAACAGAACCUCUGAAAACUCAAUUAAGUUUGUUACUUAUAUGAUUUUGUAAGACUAGUUACAUAAUAAAAUCCCAAUCUAAA